AUGCAUUCUUGUUCAUUUCUUACCGCCGUCACGCUGGGCACAGCAGCUUCUGCCUACCAGCUGCCCCAGAACCUGAAGUCAAUUUAUGAUAAUCAUAAGGCUGGCUCGUGUUCCAACCGCCUUUCCGACAGGUUCCCCGAGGGUGCUAGAUACUGCGGUGAUAUAUCAGGAGCUAUCUACCUCAAGGGCUCCAAUGGAAACUACGAUAACAUGGACAUUGACUGUGAUGGAGCGAAUAACCAUGCAGGUGCUUGCUCAAAUGAUCCCUCCGGACAGGGAGAGACUGCAUUCAAGGACACUGUCAAGAAUUACGGUAUUCCCGACUUGGAUGCCAACGUCCAUCCCUACGUGGUCUUUGGCAACGAUGGAGCCUCACCAUCCUUUGACCCCCAGCAGCACGGUAUUAAGCCACUGAGUGUCAUGGCUGUUGUUUGCAAUGGCGAAGUGGUAAGUAUUCCACAGUCAAUUAUAGAUUUCCUGCUAACGUUGAAUAGCACUACGGCAUCUGGGGAGACACUAACGGUGGCACCUCUCUCUACUGGCGAAGCUUCGAUUUCCCUCGCGGAGCUUUGCUUUCCUAACCAGGGUCUCAAUGGAGACAAUGGACAUGGUGAGAAGGAUGUUCUAUAUAUUGGAUUUAAAGGAGAUGAAGCUGUUCCUGGAAAGAAUGGUGCUGAUUGGAAGGCUGCGAGCCGUGCUGAUUUCUCCAAGAGUAUAAGGGCUUUGGGAGAUAAGCUAGUAGCCAAGCUGCAAGGAUAA